GGGAGCUGAUGUGAGGGUGGCGGGAGCGCGGGUCGGUUUAUUUUCAAUUUGCUGCAGAACCUGAAUUCUUGUUAAUCACAGUGUGAUGGCCAGGCCGGCAAGGACCAAGAAAGUUGUAGAUUAUUCACAGUGUGAAGACUUUGAUGAUGAUGAAGAUUUUGCAUGUGUAUCUGCUCCUCCAAGUAAAAAGUCCCGUUUAACGCCUAAGGAUCAGAAGCAAAGAAAAGAAAAAAAUAUUAAAAAUUCUGGCAGUCAAGAUGCAAAGGUCAAAAAGGAACUAACUAAGGAAAGAUUGCCACUUGAUGAAAAGCUUUAUCAAAGAAACUUAGAAGCUGCAUUAGUCCUAUCAGUGCAAGAGCCAACCAGUGAAGGCUUAGAUAAGAUUUCUGCUGAAACUGAAGGCCCAUCAGUUCGACCUAGACAAAGGCGAGCAGCAGCUGGAGCUGCAUCAAAACAGAAGCAAAUUCUACUUGAUGAUAAAGGUAGUGAUGGUGAAUGUGAAGAGGAUUCUGCAGGUGAAAAAGAGUAUUUGGCAACUGAAGAAUCAGAAAGCAGUGAAAGUAAUACAGAUGAAGAUGAGGAAUUUACUUUUAAAAAUCUGUCAAAUAAAAACAAAAAAAGGGAUAAAUCCAAAAUACAAACGAAGAAGGAGAAAAAAUCUCCCAAACCCAACGACGGUGCCAGAGUUGUAGUUCCUGUAAAAAGCAAGCCAUUGUUAUUGGAGAUAAUGCCAGCUUCUCCACCACCUUCUAAAUCAUUACAAGUAUUGAGUCCUUCUACAGGAAUGAGAAAACCAAAGUGGACUCCACCAGCCCCUAAAGAAAGCAGCAAUAACUCUCAGGAACGAACUUCUGUAAGAAGUCCAUGCCAAGGCCUUCGAUUAGGCCUGUCUCGAUUAGCCAGAGUGAAACCUUUGCACCGCAGUACUGACAAUGACUGAACAUGGUUUAAAACUGCUUUUAAGAAAGAUGAAACUUAAUCUCUGUUGCUGGCUGUUGACAUCUAUUUUCUAGUUCAUAUUAUCAUCAGAUUGAUUUGUCAAUCACGCAAUGCAUCUGUUUAGGAAGGUAUAUUUCUUUUAGAACCUGUUUACAGUUUUGGUAGAAGCAGUGAUUGGAGGAAAUGUUGUAUAUCACUUUUACAUGUUGCUCCCCAAAGAGGCCAGGAAGAAAUCUUUCCAUCUGUCUUUUGGAAUAGGCACUAUAUAACAUUGACAACUUGAGAGUGUUUUUAAGAGCACCACCUAAACUGAGGUUCUUGUUAUUGAUCAUUUUUCAAGCAAGGUUCAAUGCAUGUGUACUGCAGAACAUAAGACACUGUGCUUUUAUCUGUGUAAUCUGAGUUAAAGUCCAUUUCAGGUGAAUGUGGUAAAAGUUUUUGCUCUGUGAUUGAGGGCUAUGCAUUAAACCGUUAUAAACACAUUUGCAAUAUCAGAUACACAGUAACUCUUCCCUAACCAGUGCGGAAGGCUAUGUGAUGGUAACAUUGUCAAAAGUUCCAACAGUAAGCCAAUGUAGUUUGUCAUAGCCUGAAAGGACUCUCUCAAGACUUGCACUGCUUUUCAAUAUUUUGUGUGUGAUUGUACCUUCUAUUUUUAAGGAAUUUUAAUGUUUAGAGAUUAAAAAGACUUGAUGCUUAAUAAUUGGUCUGGAAUAUAAGAUUGUUCUUAUUAAGCAAGUAUGAUUUAAUAACAUUGGAAGUCUGUUCAUGCCUGAGCACAAUUUACCUGCAAGUCCUUUUUAACCAUGUUGCUGGGAAUUGAUGUGCACUUAAGACAGUUUCAAGUUUGGAAUUAAAAUGACUAUUUUUGUAAAUUUAAAAUAAACACCCAUUUGUAACAAAUGUAAAGGGUGUAGAAUGUUUAUUUUAUAAUGAUGCAAGUUUACAAUAACACCCUAUUGCAUAUGAGAAAUGUAUGAAAGCACUUUGCAACUAAAGGAUUGCUUUUAAUGUGUAGUCACCAUUACAUUGGCGAACAAACAGCCAAUUUGCAAAUGGCAAGGGCCCACAAGGGCAAAUGAGAUGAAGGACCAGAUAAUUUGUUGUUGGUGGUGGUUGAAGGAAGAAUAUUGGCUAGGAAACUCGCAGAACUUUCCUGUUCUUCAAAUAGUGCCAUGGGAUCUUUUACAUCUACCUGAACAGGAGAUGGUGCUUCAGUUUAACGUCUCAUUGGAGAGACAGUACCUCCAACAAUGGAGUACUUCCUCAGUAUUACAUUGAAAUUUGAAACCACAAAAUGGGGAAUGGCAAAACAAACUUCCUUCUCACGGUAAAACAAAACACGUUAGAAAUGUUAAUUAUCACCUUAAGGAGAAGGGCAGAUUAACAUUUUGAUGUAAUCAUUCAUUAUGGCAGAGUUUCCAGCAUUUAUCUAAACUUGCAGUAUUUUUGGUUUUCUUUUUACCUUUUCUAAAUGAUUGGCUAAUUUUGGUCAAAAAACUUUUUUUUCUUGUUUAAAUGAAAGGUAAAUGCUGAUUCUUACAAAUAACAAGAGCCUGAUAAUGGUCUACAUUAUCUCUCCAGGUAUGACUAUGAAUCAUUUUGAAGGAUUUUUAACUUCCUCUGCUCAGCGGAAACCUUUUGAAAUGGGAGUUAAAAUGGCUCCACUGCUAAUUAUAAGUUGUCCUUUACCUGGACAGUUGAAGUGUCCAUCUGACUCAGCCAGUUAACUUGUCAGUAUAUGCAUUUUAUUGAGUGGCGCAACCAUUAUGGAAUCAGUAGAAACCAUCAGAGCAGAAAUAGUGGGCCCAAAGGUCAAACCAUGUCUUUGUGGAGCCAAGUGAGCUCUGGGUCCCAUGGAGGUAAACCAGACUGCUGACCGUGCUCUCCCUGAACCACCCAACCCUGCUCCCCGAUAACCAAUCAUCUCUUUGUGUUUGUGAAACCCUCCCCCAACAACUUAACUGGGGUGGGGGGGGGGUCACUGUCUCAGAAUAAGAGGUCGGCCAUUUAAGACUGAAAUGAGAAACUUCUUCACUCAAAAGGUUGUGAAUUGUUGGUAUUCUCUGUCCUAGAGAGCUGUGAAUUGUCAGUUGUUCAUUAUAUUCAAGACAGAGGUUGAUAGAGUUUUGAAUACUGAAGGAUAUGCGAUGGUGAAGAAAGGUGAAGUUUGAAAUAGAAGAUCAGCCACGAUCAUAUAGAAGGAUAAAUGGACUAAACUUGCUCUUAUACCUGAGCGCAGGAAGGCAGUUUACCAAAUUGCUUCAACUCCACCUCCAUCAUUCUAAAAAUACUUACCUCCCUGACUAUAAAAUAAAAAGUUGGAGUAUUUUGCCAAGCCGAGAGGAUUGACCCAACUGAGGUCUCCAAGAUUAUGAAGGAUUAUGUUCACAUAAAUAGUGGUGGAUUGUUUCCACUGGUCAGCAAGACAUUAACAAGGGAAAUAAAUUUAAUGUAAUCCCUAAGAUAGAAAAAAUGUCCUUGCAUGGUAGAUGAUAAGAUUACGAUGAGAUUCUGUUGCAAAAACUGGGGAAAAAAUUCCCCCAGGACAUAUUAUUUCAUAAUACAGGGUAAUAAAUAAAUGAGCAUUGUUUAUUAUGUGAAAUACUUGCAUCCUUGGCUGUACAGAAAGCAGCUUGACUAAUCAAAUGUUUAUGUGCAGAAAGACUCAGCCAUCUAUUAAAAAGAUGUAGUAGAAGCUCACUCAACAGUUAUGCAGCACUGACGUCAAUAGGCAAAGCUACUUCAAACAGCAUCAGUAUUUCAAGAUGUUGCAUAACUGGUGAAAACAUCACAUGUCUAGAGUGUCAAAAACACAGUUAAUGCAAGUUCCAAAAAUGGUCAGCACUUGAAACUGUAUACAUUCAGGGUAAGUGAUAUGUCUACAAUGCUUAAUGAUCCCAAAAGGCUUCUCUCCCCUAUGAGGUGGAGAAUAAAUUCAUUUCCUCAGUGAAUUUGAUAGCAUCAGGAUGUACUAAUUCACAGGCUGAAAAGCAGCCCAUCCCUUGCUCACACACAAGUACCUUGUUAGCCUCCCAACUCAAAUGAACACACUUCCACACUCCACACAAACACUUCCUUUCUCUCCUUCGCAGUGUCAGCUGCGGUUCAGUUGUCUGCACUCUUGCCUCUGAGUCACAAGGGUUCUAGGUUCAAUUCCUGUUACAGGGCUUGGGCACAAAAAUCAAUGCUGGAGGUGCUGUCUUUCGGAUGAGACAUUAAACUGGAGCCUCAUGUCUGCUUGGGUGGAUCCUGUGGCACUAUUUCAAAGUACUGCAGGGGAGUUAUCCCAGGUGUCUUGGUCAAUAUUUAUCCCUCAAUAAACAUAAAAACAAAUUAUUUGGUCAUUAUCACAUCGGUGUUUGUGGGAGUUGGUUGUGCUUAACUUCACUGCUGCACUUCCUAAAUUACAACAGUGACUACACUUCAAAAGUAUAUCAUUGGCUGAAACAUGCUUCGAGACGCUGUUCAUUGUGAAAAGUGUUAUAUAAAUGCAAGUCUUCCUUUUUCUCACACUUUUAAAGAUAUCUGUAGUGUAAGAGUAUUCAGCAUAACAAGGGUUAAUGUGAGACUGGAGAACAGCAGCGCCCACAAUAUGAUGUAGACGGGACAGAAUCGUGCAGGGAGAGUCUGAGAAGUUAACAUGCUGAUCAUACCUAGUUAAGGCUGAACUAUACCUUGUGUAUAUACUUGUGUGUUAACAAUAAAUGGUUUAUGUUCAAUCA